CCACCUUCUGUACUAGGGACAUAUUUUUGAACAUUUUGCUUUUCUUUGAAUUCUGGUCUGUAAAACAGUUGUGUAACCAUGGCAGCAGCAAGCAGCAUAGCUGAAGACUUUGAUGACGAGUUUCUGACCUGUUCAGUUUGUCUGAACUUGUACGAGGAUCCAAAACUUCUGCCCUGUUUUCACACCUUUUGUCGGAAGUGUGUGGAAGAUCUGGCCAACAAAAAUGGAGGGAAGAACUUUCAGUGCCCUCUGUGUCGCUCCAAUGUGAAACUCUUGUGCCCGGUACAGUCAGGAGGUGUGGACAAACUCAGCACCAACUUCUACAUCAACAAACUGCUGGACUUCAGGAAGCUGAAACUCAGCAAGAUGUCUCAUGUUCAGUGUCAGAUGUGCAAGUCUGGCGCACAAGCUACAGCUGUCUGUGGGGACUGCACUUUCCUGCUGUGUCAGAACUGCAUCAGUGUACACAGGAACACACCUGCACUCCAAGAUCAUCACAUCAUCACCUUGAAUGACCUUGAGAAUCCCACUGCCAGAUCACAGUACACCAGACAGAUCUACUGCCCCCGACACCCAGGCCAGCGUACAACCUUCUACUGCGAGCCCUGUGCAACCCUGGUCUGCAUAGCCUGCACCGUGGAUGAACACAGGCCUGGGGAAAACCAUGAUCCAAGAGAAGUGGAGAAAGUAGCUCCAAAGUACAGAGCUGCAGUAGAGGGUUUGAUGCAGCAAACAGAAGCUGUCGCCUCUAAAAUAAACCAGCAAGUGGAGAACCUUGACAGAGAACUCACGGCCACAGCAGAGAACUGUGACAAGGUGAAGAAAAACAUUGAAAAGCACUACGAAGACUUGAUCUCAAAACUCCAGCAUGAAAAGCAGAAGAUGACCAACAAAGUGGACAAGGUAAAAAAGGACAGGGAAGAUGAACUGACUCAUGAGAAAGAAGAAAUAACCAGGGAGUUUGAAAAGACCAAUGAGGGUCUUAAAUUCUGUCAAAAUAUCUUAGAUCGUGAGAACAAGACAGAACUUUUGUCCUUAAGGCAACAAAUGGAAGAAAGGCUCAAGCAGCUGGCCUCACAGCAAACAGGUAAUAGAACUUUGGAAGGUCGUACAAGAGUGACCUUUCAACCCUGUAGUCUGUCCCAGGUUUCUGGGGGUUCCUUGUCAGUGUUUGCUGGGUUCAAUAUUGAUGUUGAGGAGCCGGCAGUAGAGAGUCUGCCCUGCUCUGUCACAGUCACAGCCAACACUGCAGAUCUUACAGGUGGGGAUGUUACACCACAGAUAGAGGUGACCUCACCACAGGGCAAAACCACCCUGAUACAGACUACAGCACACAGUAGCCCCCCGCUAGCUGCAGGGAAGGGACAAACCAGCAGAGUUAGGAGGGUCUGGGGUGCAGAGUGGAGACCUCAGGAGUCAGGGAAACACACAUUGGGGGUCUGUAUGGGGGGUAAGAAAGAUCUGGGUUCUCUCACUGUAGAUGUGGGCAGUAACAACCCUGUACUGAGGUUUGGGCAGGAGGGCAGCCAGCAGGGGCAGUUUGACAGUCCUAUAAAUGUAGCAGUUAGGGGGGACAGGCUGUAUGUGGCUGAUACUUUCAACAAGCGUGUUCAGGUGUUUGAUCUCAGUGGGAACUUUUGCUUCUCAUUGGCAACUGAUGGACAACCUUGGUCAGUUGCAAUUCAGACUGAUGGCACCAUAGUGGUGAAAUCUGGGAAGGAAGUAAAGAAAUUUUCCCCAUCGGGAAAACUGCUGCACACAUUUCCUCUGGGUGAAUAUUGCACAAACCCCUACAGCCUGGCAGUACAGAGGGAUGGGAGGGUUGUUGUAGCUGAUUAUGGCAAACACAGCAUCUUCCUGUUUGAGGCAGAUGGGACUCUGGUGAAACAGGUGGGAGGGCAGGGGAAGGGGGAGGGGCAGUUUGACAACCCAUGUUUUGUCUGUGUGGAUAAAGAAGACAACAUCAUUGUGGCAGAUAAAUACAACCACCGUGUACAGGUGUUUGACCAGAAUCUGAACUUCAAACGCAAGUUUGGUCAGAGGGGCAGACAGCAACAGGACAUGGAGUGGCCUCAUGGGGUGUCAGCUGACAGCAGGGGGAACAUAGUUCUGGCAAAUAGAGGAGAUAACUCUGAUGAACUUGGUGCAAAACAUGGCAGGAAGCUUCAGGUGUUCAACCCAAAUGGCAUCUGGGUUUCUACCAUAAGUAGUGAUGGGGACAAACUGAACGCACCCCACGGGGUGGCUGUGACAGAGGAUAGACAUGUGUUUGUAGCUGAUCCUGGUGACCACUGUAUCAGGAAGUACAAAUACAUGUAACAUUACAG